AGGCAGGACAAGGUCCGACAGGACCUUGACAGGACGUAGAACACAUUAAAUGAUGGCAACAUUUUUUACUUUUUAAUACCAUAGACAAUUAUAACCUAACCUCUUUCUCUAUCCGUCAAGCUUUGUAUCACAAGGCCCAAAGAUGACGAACUCAAAGGGUUACCGCCGCGGUACCAGGGACCUGUUCGCCCGCAGGUUCCGCACACAUGGAGCUAUCCCCCUUUCCACGUACAUGAAAGUGUACAAAAUCGGCGACAUCGUUGAUAUCAGGGGCAAUGGUGCAGUCCAAAAGGGUAUGCCACACAAAGUCUACCACGGCAAGACUGGCCGCGUCUACAAUGUCACAGCUCACGCUCUUGGGGUCAUUGUAAACAAAAGGGUGCGAGGCAGAAUCAUCCCCAAACGCAUCAACAUCCGAAUUGAGCAUGUGAAGCACUCAAAGUGCAGGCAAGACUUCCUCAAGCGAGUGAAGGAGAAUGAGAGGCUCCUGAAGGAAGCAAAGGCUGCCGGUAAGGUGAUCAAGCUGAAGAGACAACCAGAGCCCCCUAAAGCUGCGCACAUCGUCAGCGGACUGGAGAAACCAGUACUAUUGGCCCCGAUCCCUUACGAAUUCGUAGCUUAAAAAUUGAAAUAUAUUAUUUUUAAGA